AAAUAAAUAUAUAUGGAUUUAUAAAUAUUUUAUAUUUUUUCAAUUUAGGGGUCCUCCACGUGGGAUUGAUCUGACAUUACCCAAGCAUUUAUUACACACAUAUAAAAGAUGUGGCCUGGUGUAUACUUUCCAAUCCUAAUUUAGCCCUUGCCUGAAGUCCUUUUCCCUUUCCACCCAACCCGCCCACGACCACAUCGAAAUUUUGGGUUGACCCAAAUUUGAUUUUACUAUUUUUCAAUAGCGUUUAAGAUGAUAAAAAUCCUUCGAAAAAAGAAUUGAGUGGUCACAGUUUCGUGCAUAUUACGGAUGGAAAUGUUAAUUUGGUUCAUUGCCUUUUCACCUUUCUUAUCAUUUUUUUUUUAACAGAUACUACUUUGCCGGGUCAAAGUGAAAUGAGAAAAAAUGACUUUUACUUAUGAUUUGAUUUAAAAAAAAAUAAAAUUCUUAGACUGUGCGUUUCCUACGGGAGGAUGGAAUUUGAGAGUAAAAGAAGUCCUCUAAAAACAAUUAAAAUGGUGUAUCUAUCUUACAUAGAUACAUACAUUAUUUAAUAAUUCUGUUUUAAUAAAUUAAAAUUCUGCAUAGGUAUAUUCAGCAAGUUGUCCAAAGGAAGUUUCAGUGGAAGUUCGCCCGAAAUAAUAACCAUGCCAAUUGUCCAAGUUGUACAAUCUGGAACAAAAGAAAAUUCCGAACUUGAAGUACUUAUUGUUGUUUUCAACAAUUUGGCCCUUCUUUUCAUGUGACUCCAGUUCAGCCCGGUGGUAGUCACAAACAAUGGUCUUCAUCAUGCAUGGGACCUCUUGUUCGGCCACCGACGAACUGGUAACUUAGCAAGAGCCAUUCAAUCUGGAGACGACUUCUUAAACAUAUCUUUUUGUAAUUUAAGGAAAUGACGCCUGUUAUGUAAAUUUAUAAGUAAUGAACGAUAUCAGAUAGUAAAAUUUUAUAAUAAUCUUGGCAUCGUAUGAGAACAACCACCCGAAUUGUUGGAAAAAUCAAUACAUGAGGAAAGUUCUUGACAUAUUCAUGCCGGCCUCUACGAUUUUAACGUACAGGCAACCUUCUUCCUUUGCGGUUUUAAACAAGACAGCUGCUAACUUUAAUGAUAUUUAUUGGAUGUUCAAGUUACCUACCCUUUUACACGUUCCUUUUCAACGCUUGGCUGCCUUGAAGUUGUUAUAUAUAGACAAGGAGGGUGAGCACAAUGGAAAAGUUUUUACAAAACUGAAACCAGUCAUUUGCUGAUAGUCUUCCCCUGCUAUUGAAAAAAAAUGUCUGACAAUAAAAUCCCACAUUAUGAUUGCGGGACGUUACUGCUUAAAAUUACCACCACCAAGCUUUCCAAAGCUCAGAAGCGAUGGCGUGUUGCCUGUUGGGCUCUCUAUUCUUUCCAGGCGAUGCUUUCUCUUAUGCAGAAAAGCAAAAACAAUUCUGAAAAGUUGCACAAUCAUUGUUAUGUUGCUCUUGAUUUGCAGCCUAGCAUUUCCCACGAUGAAGUUAAGGAUGUUGUGCCCAACUCCAUUGACCCCAAUGUUGAUGGCAAGAAGCUGACAGAGAUGGGGAAGAAUAGAGAUUUGGAUUCUCUCCGUCUUCUUGGAGGAAUAGAAGGUGUGGCCACGGCUCUUGGGACAAAUCCUGAAAAUGGAGUCAACGGUAACAAUGAAGAUAUAAGUAAGAGGAUUCAACUCUUUGGUAGUAAUACUUAUAAUAAGCCGCCUCCAAAAGGGUUUAUUUAUUUUGUUAUGGAUGCUUUUAAAGAUACCACCAUACUUAUCCUGCUUGCAUGUGCUGCUCUGGCUCUUGGCUUCGGCAUUAAGGAGCAUGGGGUGGAAGAAGGUUGGCUUGAAGGUGGAAGUAUAUUCGUAGCAGUGUUUCGGGUUGUUGUUGUGUCAGCUCUCAGCAACUACAGACAAGAAACUCAAUUUGAUAAGCUGUCUAAAAUAAGCAACAAUAUCAAAGUUGAAGUUGUUAGAGAUGCUCAUCGUCAACCAAUCUCCAUAUUUGAGCUUGUGGUUGGAGAUGUUGUGUUCCUGAAGGUUGGUGAUCAGAUUCCUGCAGAUGGGUUGUUCUUGAAUGGAUAUUCUUUGCAAGUAGACGAGUCGAGUAUGACAGGGGAGAGUGAUCAUGUCGAAGUGGAUUCAGAAAAAAAUCCCUUUUUGUUCUCUGGAUCAAAAGCGUCAGAUGGAUGUGCUCAAAUGCUGGUGGUUUCUGUUGGGAUGAACACUCAAUGGGGUGAAAUGAUGAGCUCAAUUUCCAGUGAUUCAAAUGAAAGAACUCCAUUACAAGCUCGGCUUGACAAACUAACCUCCUCAAUUGGGAAGGCAGGCCUCACAGUUGCUUUCCUAGUUCUUGUAGUUAUGUUAGCUCGUUAUUUCACGGGGAAUACAAAAGAUGAGAAUGGAAUUAAAGAGUAUACUGGCAGUGGAACAGAUUUAGAUGAUGUUUUCAAUUCUGUUGUACAUAUUGUUGCAGCUGCAGUCACCAUUGUUGUUGUGGCAAUCCCAGAAGGCUUACCGUUGGCUGUAACUCUCACACUUGCUUAUUCAAUGAAGAGAAUGAUGAGGGAUCAGGCAAUGGUAAGAAAACUUUCGGCUUGCGAAACAAUGGGCUCAGCCACUGUUAUUUGUACAGACAAAACAGGCACACUGACAUUAAAUGAGAUGAAAGUUACAAAAUUUUGGCUUGGCCAAGAACCUAUUGAGGAAGAAUCUUACAAUGUAGUUGCUUCAGAUAUUCGUGAACUAUUUUUCCAAGCGGUUGGUUUGACCACAACCGGUAGUGUUUCCAAGCCUGUUUCAGGAUCUGUGCCUGAAUUUUCUGGUAGUCCAACCGAGAAAGCAAUUCUUUCAUGGGCUGUUCAGGAAUUGGGUAUGGACAUGGAAAAAGUGAAGAAAAGAUACACCAUUCUCCAGUUUGAUACCUUCAACUCUGCAAAGAAACGAAGCGGGGUUUCAAUUAGGAAUAAAGCUGAUAACACAAUUCAUGUACACUGGAAAGGAGAUGCUGAGAUGAUCCUAACUAUGUGUUCAUAUUAUUAUGAGAGUAAUGGGAUGAUUAAAGAUAUGAAGAAAGAUGAGAGGAGCAAAAUGGAAAACAUAAUCCAUGGUAUGGCAGCAAGUAGCCUGAGAUGCAUAGCUUUUGCUCACAAGCAAAUUUCAAAAGAAGAAUUAGAGUACAAUGAAGACGGUAAGGCCCAACAAAAGCUGAAAGAAGAUGGCUUAACCUUCCUGGGAAUCAUUGGUCUCAAGGAUCCAUGUCGGCCAGGGGCCAAGAAAGCCGUGGAAAUUUGCAAAUCAGCAGGAGUGGACAUCAAAAUGAUCACUGGGGACAAUGUCUUCACAGCAAAAGCUAUAGCAACAGAAUGUGGAAUACUAGAUUUGAAUCACCAAGCGGAAACUGGAGUGGUGGUAGAAGGCAUUGAAUUUCGAAACUACACAAAUGAAGAGAGAAUGGAGAAGGUCGAAAAGAUACGAGUAAUGGCAAGGUCAUCUCCAUUUGACAAACUUUUAAUGGUACAAUGCUUGAAACAAAAAGGUCAUGUAGUUGCAGUCACUGGAGACGGCACAAAUGAUGCCCCUGCACUAAAAGAAGCUGAUGUAGGACUUUCCAUGGGCAUUCAAGGCACUGAAGUGGCUAAAGAAAGCUCAGACAUCGUCAUAUUAGAUGAUAACUUCACUUCUGUGGCCACUGUUCUAAGAUGGGGCCGAUGUGUUUAUAACAACAUCCAAAAAUUUAUCCAAUUUCAAUUGACUGUCAAUGUUGCAGCAUUAGUGAUCAAUUUCAUUGCAGCUGUUUCUGCUGGUGAAGUUCCUCUAACAGCGGUGCAAUUGCUUUGGGUGAACCUCAUCAUGGACACAUUAGGCGCUCUGGCUCUAGGUACAGGCAGGCCAACGGACGAACUAAUGAAGGACCCCCCUAUUGGUCGUACUGAACCUCUUAUCACAAAUAUUAUGUGGAGAAAUCUUUUAGCUCAAUCCUUAUACCAGAUAGCAAUCUUAUUGACCUUACAAUUUAAGGGUGAGUCCAUCUUCAGUGUGACUCCAGAAGUAAAUGAUACACUGAUUUUCAACACCUUUGUUCUUUGCCAAGUUUUCAAUGAGUUCAAUGCAAGGAAGUUGGAGAAACAGAAUGUAUUUAAAGGCAUUCACAAGAACCAAUUGUUCCUCGGAAUCGUGGGAAUAACUAUAGUUCUUCAGGUCGUGAUGGUUCAGUUCCUGAGGAAGUUUGCUGAUACAGAGAAACUAAAUUGGAAGCGAUGGUUAAUUUGUACUGCAAUAGCAGCCGUCUCAUGGCCAAUUGGCUGGGUUGUGAAGUUGAUACCAGUUUCAGAGAAACCAUUCUUCAGUUAUCUCAACAAGUCAAAAUUGGUUUUCAUAUGGCUAAAGAAGACUGUCUACCACAAAAAGAAAGCAUCUUCCUCCGGGCUUGGAAUGGCAUGAAAGAAAUGGCAAUGUCCUGAAACAAAAGGGCAUACUUAGGCACCAUUUCAUCCACAAGUGGCACAAGAUGGAGGGUAUCUUUCUUUUUUAUAAGCCAAAAGAGAAAGCCAUCCUGAGGCACUUGAGAAUGAAAUUCUUCUCCAGGAAGCUCCAUCAAAAAAAUUAAUAAAUAAUAAUAUAAUUAUAAUAAAAUCAAGAUUAAUUUGAUAAUAUUUUAA